UGGGAAACACGAUAGAAAACGGGCAGCUAUGCCGCGCGGUGCUGAAAACGGGCUGGACUCGUCCGCUUGGAACAACGGCCGGUGUACCGGAGGACUGACCCGGGGACUGCGGGACCGGGAGGCUGCUGACAGGCGUUGACAGCUCUUUUUUUUUAUUUCCUCCUCCGGGGACACCCUCCUCCCGCUAACCGCGGCGGAAGCAGCCGACCCCCCGCUUCCAGCUCCCUCUCGUCCGCCUGAGAGACGCAGACACUUGGGCGAUGUUGCUGCUCGACGUCUAGGAUUGUAUUGUUGUCCGUGUGAGAGCAGCGAGUGUAAAUACAGGCAGAGGCAGAGGGAAGGAGACAGCGGCGGCUCCACCAUGGUUGUACUGGCGCUCCGUCCUCAUGGCUGCUGUGUGAGGACGCUGUGUUUGCAGCUGCUGCUGUGGAUUUUAUGUUCCGUGAACGGAGAGGAGCAGCCGUUCAGUGUGGAGGCAUGGCUCCAGAGGUAUGGCUACCUCCCCACCGCCGACCCCAGAAUGUCAGUGCUGCGUUCUUCCCGAGUCAUGCAGUCCGCUAUCGCUGCCAUGCAGCGCCGCUAUGGCCUCAAUGUCACAGGAAGCAUGGACAUCAGCACUAUAGAUGAUAACACAAUAAGGUGGAUGAAGAAGCCCAGAUGUGGCGUUCCUGACCAGGUAGGGGGUGCGUCCAGAUUCAGCGUCAGGAAACGGCGGUACGCGCUCACAGGACAGAGGUGGCAGCACAAACAUAUCACGUACAGCAUAAAGAACGUGACGCCAAAGGUGGGUGCGGAGGAGACCCACGACGCCAUUCGGCGAGCCUUCGAUGUGUGGCAAAAUGUGACGCCGCUGCGGUUUGAGGCCGUGCCCUACAGCGAGCUGGAGAGGACCAAGAAAGACGUGGACAUCACCAUCAUCUUUGCUUCAGGUUUUCAUGGCGACAGCUCACCCUUUGACGGCGAGGGUGGCUUCCUGGCUCACGCCUACUUCCCAGGGCCGGGAAUAGGAGGCGACACACACUUUGACUCAGAUGAGCCAUGGACGCUGGGAAACCCCAACCAUGAUGGUAACGACUUGUUCCUGGUAGCGGUCCACGAGCUUGGUCACGCUCUUGGCCUGGAGCACUCCAACGAUCCCACGGCCAUCAUGGCUCCUUUCUACCAGUACAUGGACACCGACAACUUCAAACUGCCCAUGGACGACCUGUUGGGCAUCCAGAAGAUUUAUGGGCCUCCUGACAAGCUUCCCCAGCCCACCAAACCUUUGCCGACGGCGCCCCCUCCUCGCUCCCAUCUUCCCUCAGACCCACGGAAGCCAGACAGACAGACUCGCCCUCCGAGGCUGCCCCCGGGAGACAGACCGUCCCACCCCAACGCUAAGCCCAACAUCUGUGAUGGAAGCUUCAACACUCUGGCCAUCCUGAGGAGAGAGAUGUUUGUCUUCAAGGACCACUGGUUUUGGCGGGUGAGAGAUAACGCCGUCAUGCCAGGAUACCCGAUGCUCAUCAAUGUCUUCUGGAGGGGCCUGCCGCCCAAAAUAGACGCCGUCUACGAGAACAGCGAGGGGAAGUUUGUCUUCUUCAAAGGAAAGCAGUUCUGGGUGUUUAAAGACACCGUGUUGCAGACUGGAUACCCCAAGGACAUCACCCAGUUUGGCCACGGCAUGCCGGCCCAGAGCAUUGAGACCGCCGUGUGGUGGGAGGACGUGGCCAAGACCUACUUCUUUAAAGGGGACAGGUACUGGCGCUACAACGAGGAAAUGAGAACCAUGGACCCCGGCUACCCUAAACCCAUCACAGUGUGGAGAGGUGUGCCUGACUCGCCACAGGGGGCCUUCGUCGACAAAGCCAACGGUUUCACCUACUUCUACAAGGGAAAGGAGUACUGGAAGUUCAACAACCAGUUCCUCCGCGUGGAGCCGGGCUACCCGCGCUCCAUCCUCAAGGACUUCAUGGGCUGUGAGCUGAUGCCCAUCGACCCCGGGCGCCCGCCGGCCGACGACGGCAGCACCGACGUGGUGAUCGAGCUGGACAACGAGGCCAACACGGUGAAAGCGGUCGCCAUCGUCAUCCCCUGCGUGCUCGCGCUGUGCCUCCUGGUUCUGGUCUACACCGUAGUGCAGUUCAAGAGGAAGGGCACGCCACGCCACAUACUGUACUGCAAACGCUCCAUGCAGGAGUGGGUGUGAGGCGACACACACACACACACACACACACACACACGGGAGGGUGGGGCGUGGGUGGGAGGAGAGACUGGUGAAAACACGAUGGCGGCCCCCGCUUUCACCGAGAUGAGGACUUUGGACAUCUUUAGUACAACACGCAGCCACGCCUCCUCGGUUUGGGGGCGAUCUGAUGGUUUCGUUGGGACCCUCAGAAACAGCCUGUCGACGCCCCCUCCAGACUUAAUGUUGACUCUGCUAACCCCCCCCUCACCCCACCCCCGGCCUUUUUAACAAACGGGGGGCGGGGGGGGGGGCGUAGAAGUGACUUUGUGGGGGCGUCUUUACCUGAAAUGACUUGGAGUUCGUGUAAAAAAACAAAACAACAAAAACAAACAAAACAACAACAAGAAAACGACAAAAAAACAGAACAAAGCAGGAGGGUCGGCAUCACUUUGUAUCGCAGACACUUGACCUUCUGUCUCCUUCCUCUUUUCUUCGUGUGCGAUUGCUCUAUCUCAGAGGGAGGGACGUUCAGAGGGACGCUGCAUCUGCAUCUGUCAUAUCAGGUUGUUGUUUAAACAGCAGUUUUAUAUUUUCUGAGCUUGACCCCUCCCCCUCUCACACACACACACACACAUUUACACGCUUGAUUGUGUGCUGAAAAGACACCGCAUUAACUAUCCUAAGUCCCUCAUCUGUUUGUUUCCCUUUUUUUUUUGUUAUUCUUUUGAGAAAAAAAGGUCCUCACUGUUCCCUUUAACAUGCUCCUGAGGAAGAGACCAAACUAAACCAAAGAGGAUCACUUUUUACAGUUUUUGUUUCUUAUUGAGUUCAUUCUUCCUUCCCUUCUCUGGAUCGUUGUGGAGAUUAAGAGUCGGGGAGUUCUGACUGUUGUGGCAGUCUGUUUAAGACACAGGGGCCAAAUUAUUCUGCAAUAUUUUAACUCGCCUUAAUUAUAGAUCAUACUUGUGCUUGGUUUUGCUGUUCUUAGUGUUUUUUUUUCUUUUUGUUGUUGUUGUUUUUCUUUUGUAAACCGCUGUUUAUUUGUUUGUUUGUAAAAGAGGCUAAGCUGAGAGCUUCUCAUGAUUACUAUUUCUGUAUUUUAUUACGUUACGCGGAGACCUCAGCACUGGCUUGCUGAGCUGCUCUGGAUUACAAAAAAACAAAAA